GGGCAGAGGGGCCGAAGGGGGGCGUGGCGGCUCCUCACGCGCCGCGGACGGGACCUCCCGCCCCUCCGCGCCCGGUCCGAUCCACCUGAGAGGGGCGGGGCCGCCGCGCGGCGUCGCCGUGCGCCAGGUGAGCACGCGGACACGCCCCCGAGGAAAACUCCCGUCAGCGACGCGGCGGCUCGUCACAGCGCGGCGGAGCGGCACCGGGAGCGUCCGCAGGUGGUCCCAGGAACAGACGCACUGAGGUUCAGGGUCGCGUGCGAGGAGCUGACCUUUCACCUCCAGGACCUGCAGAAACGAACAGAGUGGGAGCUCAAAGGACAUACAGACACAACGUUUUCAGAUCCAAGUCCAUCGUCAGCUGCUCUCCACUGAACUGUGUGACCUCCAGGAAAAGAGGGGAGAAGCUGCAGCCUUCACACGUCCACCCAGGAGCUUCAGGCCUCCAUCUGUGAGCGUGUGGCUCGCUCAGCGACGCUGGUGUUCCAGGAGGAGGCACUGAGCACGCUCAGCAGCCUUCUGAACCACAACCUCCAGCGGUACCAGGGGACCCGGAGACUGCAGGUCCUCAAACAAGCCCACAGAGGCAGAGGAAACCAUCGCUAGCACCGCGGGUCACCGCAACAUGCAGGGAAAGAACGAGGCGGAACAAGGCAACAACAUGCGUGCACCUGAGUGCCGUCCACCACAGCCAUCGCGUAGCCCUCAGCAGACCAUCAAUGGAGGGAGGGAGCCGGCCUGGAGAGCCAGUCAGAAGAGGCCUCCUCCAGCCGUGAGCCGCGGUACCAACCUGCACCGAGCCGGCAGCGUCAAGGACCUGAUCGGUAGAUUCUCUGGACCGGAUCGCAAGACGUCUGCCAGUUACUUCCAGGGUUUGUCCUAUGGAGCGGGACGAGUCCCUAAAGCUGCUUCUGCUGACGCUCUGGUCUCUCUGGAAUCCCAGUCAAGUCAACCUGCACCGGCUGCACCAAGCAGCCUCGCCCAAGACCAUCCGGCUCCCGGCACCGCCGUGACUCCAAGAACCAAGAACCAAGCUGGACCCCAAACUGGCCAGAUCUCCGCCCGGACUGAUUGUCCAGUUGAAGCCACAGCUGAGGAGACGGUUUCAGGCCCAAAGAGCCAAACUCAGUCCGCGGACUCUAACAGGCACUCAGCGGCCGACUCCGGCAUGGGCUCGGAGUCCGAGUUCGAUUCAAACAAGAGAGCAGACAGCCCCUCGGAGGAGACCCCCACCACUCCCAAACCCACGGUCACCAGCCAGAACCCCAAGUAUCAGCUGUUCCUCAACAACGGGGUGAACACCAACGGGUUGAGUGGCAGGGAUGCAGAUGGUCCAGGAGGCAGUGGAGGGGCCGAGGAGAGCAGUGUGGACCAAUGGAAGCUCUUGGGACCCAAGAAGGAGGAGUGGAAUGGGUCCUUAGAGUCCCUGCUCUCCCAUGAUUCCAACGGGGAACUAACGCUCUAUGGUUUACCGCUAGAUGAAUGUCCUCCCAGAGUCUUCAACAGCCCCUACAGCAGCGGUCUGUCCUUGGAGUACAUCCCCACACAGCGCAUGUCAGAGUACAAGGGUGGGGUGUCUCCUGCCCUGUCCGACUUCAACCCGUACAGCUUCAACAGUCGCAGCACCAGUCCGUUGGGCUACGGAACGCUGCCCUCACGCACGCGGGUCUCGGCCUACGACACGCUGCUGAGGAGGAGGGCCGAGGUCAACAACGCCCAGGUCUUCACCAGCCAGUACAGCUUCCUGCACUCUGCCCCGGCACCACCCAAUAAAAAAGACUACAUAGAGGAGCUGACCAAGCAGCUGGAUGCCUGUCAGAAGCGUAACCAGUUUCUGGAGGCGGAGAGUGUGGAGAUGGAGAAGGAGAGGGACCAGAUCAGGUACGAGAUGCGCUUGAUGCUGGUGAACAAAGAGGAUCUGCUGAGGACCAACACUCAGCUGAACAAUGAGCUGAAACGGACCAAAGAGGAGAUGAUACACAUGGAGCACGAACGCCAGAUGUUCGCGGAGAGAUGCAGAGAGAUGGAGAUGGAAGUUAAGGAGGCUCGAGACAUGAUGGUGGAGGCCCACACUCAGGAGUACGCCUUCAACUUCCUCCAGCAGUCGCUCAAAAACAAGAUCCGGGAUGCUGAGGAGAACCUGGAGAAGCAGACUCUGCAUGCUAAGGAGCUGUCGGAGAAGCUGUGGCUGGCGGAGAGGCAGCUGGAGGACCUGGAGGUCAGCAGAGGCUCCAAGGACAAGAAGGUGUCGGACCUCAGCAGCACCAUUCUCAGGCUGGAGAUGGAGCUGGCCGACGCCCUUCAGGCAACCACCCAGGCCACAACGGAGCUGAGUCUGCAGCAGAAGCUGCGCAACGAGGCCCAGAUGAGAGUGGUCGAGCUGGAGGACUCUCUGCUGGAGAAGGUCCAGGAGCAGCAGAAGAUGCAGGAGCUGGUGGGCCGGCUGCAAGGAGAGGUCUCCAGUAAGCUGAGCAACAGGGAGCAGACGCUGGAGGAGGAGAUCCAGCUCAGAGAGAGGCUGCAGCUCCAGUGCAAGCAGGCGGAGCGGACGGUGGACGAGCUGCAGAUGGAGCUGCACAGGUCCAACCAGGCCCGGGAGGACCUGGCCAAGCAAGUCAAGCAGGCCCAGGAGAAGAUGAUUGACCUGGAGACCGACGUGGAGGAGCUGCACGAGAGCGAGCAGAAGUGGGCGGCCAAACAGAAGCGAGCCAUUGAACAGAAUGAGCAGCUGCAGCUGAAGUUGAUCCAGGAGAAAGAUCGGAACGAGCAGCUGGAGUUUGAGAAGGCAACGAUAGAGCGACAGCUGCGUGAGGCCCGUUCAGAGGUGGAGGAGCUCCACAGCUCCAGGGUCCAGGACGACGUCGUCUCCAGGAUGGAGGGACGAGUCAGAGAGCUGGACAACGCUCUGAAAACAGAGGAGAGGAACAAGGCUGUGCUGACGAACACCAUCGGUAAACUGGAGAGGAAGAUCAACGAGCUGAACGACCAGUUGGAGGAGGAGCACAGGAUCGCCACCGAGCAGAAGGACCUGAUGAACCAGAGGAUCCGCACCCUGAAGCGUCAGCUGAACGAGGUGGAGGAGGAGGCGAGCAGGAAGGAGGCGCAGUACCGGCACACCAGCAGAGAGCUGGCGGAGGAGAGGGAGACGAGCGCUCGGCUGCAGAGACAAGUGAUGGACCAGCAGCUGCAGACAAAGUGGAAGGACACGCUGAGCAUCCGUCAGACUCUGGACAACCUGAGGCUGGAUCUCAGUGCGGACGAGGACGAAGAUGACGACAGCCAGCGGCUGCAGCAGCAAGCGAGCGUCACCAAAGUCUAAGUCUGAACCCUCACGCUCGGCCUCUGGGUGGCGCUGUGUUCACGCUGACGGGACCUUUGUCAAAGCUGCGUUUCCAGUCUUUCACCGCAGAACAAUCGUUUUAAAAUGAAACCAGUCACAGAAGGUUCAGGUCCUUCGUUAAUAAACUAGAAUUGUGAUGAAGUGAUGAUGAUGAUUAUUUGCUUCAGGAUGUCACGUCCUGUUGCUCCUCACUGCAGAGAACCUGAGCGGGUUUAUUAGAUCACAUCACGCUCGGCUUUGAUGACAUUUGGUUUAUUGUGUGUUUGUUUUUAUUUAAUGGAACUUUGCUGACUGUUCUUUCACGAGGGCUUUUCCAUCUCUGCAGUAUUUAAACACGUUGUUUUAUGGAAUAACGACAUUAGGGAUUAGACUUUACCUGGAUUAUUUAUAUAAAAGCUGUGUUUACUUAAUCUUCAUGAUUUGAAGUUUGUUGACUGUUGAAUGUUUCCGAUUUGUUAUUGCUUAUGGGGCAAAAAUGAUUUUACUUUAUUUUAUUGUGUUGCAGGUAUUUGACAGUUUGCUUCUGUUCUGACUUUGUUUCCCACACACAGUAUAUGCACGCAAAACUAUCUGAGGAGUAAUAUUUAAUAAAGGACAAACUCUGGCUUUACACUGUAACGUCCUGAGUUCAGUGGUUUUAAUGAUUGUGGGUGAAAUAGAGACUAAAACCUUUAAAGAAGUUAAAAUAAUUAAUUUGUUAACUGUGUGGGGAAAAGCAAAGUUUACUUAAAACGCUGAACAUUGUUUAAAAUGGAGGUAAAUCAACUUAGUAAAUGUCUAAAUGCAGAAGAGAAAAAAGCUAAACAUUUGAUUUUGUUAGAAAUUAUAUGUAUGCUCUUAUUUUGUAGAAAGAGAGAAAAUGGUGCACAAAGAGAAACAAACAGGUUCCUUUCAUUCAUUCAGCAGCUUUGAAGCAGCACAGCUCAUCUCUCAGGCCGCUUGUCUUCUGCAGGUUCUUUGUUCGAGUCUUUGCAUUGGUCACAAACACUAUUCAGACACUCUUGGAAUCCUGUGUUAACAUUUGAUUUUUCUAAGUUUCCUGUUUCAUGCAGCUGAACUGUCUGCUUUGGAGGAAACCCCGUCAAAAAACCCAACAGACUUGUUUUUGUAACUUCACACUGGUUUUGCUGUCGUCAGGUAUUAUAAAUAUAAAAACGUAUUCAACUCAUUCCAAAACAGUGUUUGCCUGGAUCAAAUCAUAUCAUGAGCUAACGUUCUACCAAUAUCGUAGUUAAGGUUUGUGUGUUGUUGUCAGUAGAAGCUCCUGUGAAACAGUCACAGCACACGCCAGGUUCUUAUUGUACUAAUCAUCUUUAAUCAGCUGUCACAUCCCACAACGUCUGCAAAGUCAAACCAUCGGUUCUAACAAAGCUGGAUAAAAUGCAAAGAACUAACUCCACAAAGAUACUCCUUAAAAAAACGUGAACACUUGAGCGUCUUUGUCAAAAGCAGAAGUAUUAAUUAUACACUUCAUGAGAAGAUGAACCAGUGUUGGUUUUUUUUUCCACAGUGUAACUUUACUAACACCAAUUAAAAACUGUUCUUCAAAUACCA